AUGGUGUCCAAGUCAUUGAUAGUCCUCGCGGCGGCUUUCGCUACAGUUUGGGCUCAGUCUACAGAAGAUCCCACGGCAACGGCCGAGGAAACUGCCUCUGGAACUUCUACCGCUGCCGAGAAGACCCACACUAUCAACGUCGGAGCUUCUGGUCACAAAUUCACACCUUCUGAGGUUGAGGCUGAUGUUGGCGAUAUCAUCGAAUGGCGAUUCUACCCCACUGACCAUUGGGUCAUCCGAGGAGACUACGAUAACCCAUGUAUUCCCUACGAGUAUAUCGGCUACAACCGCAAGGGUUUCUCGAGCGGAACUCAAAAGGUCCAGGCCAUUACCGACGAUGCUCCUCGAUUCCGAGUUCGCGUCAACGAUACUGACCCUUUUGUCUUCUACUGUGGUGCUCCUGGAUCAUGUGUAAACUACCACAUGAUGGGUAUUGUCAACCCUUCCAAGAACGAGACAUUAAAGGGUCUUCUCGACAACGCAAAGGAUGUCGACUAUCAACUACGACCCGGUGACGAGUGGCCAAAGGAGCAUGGUGACCCUUCUUCUACCGCAACCCCAGGCAAGGACGACGAGGAUUCCGACAACAGUGACAGCGACAGUGGAAGUGGAAGCGGAAAGAAGUCCCUUUCAACCGGAGCUAUUGCUGGUAUCGCCGUUGGCGGUGCUGCCGUUCUUCUUCUUGCUGGUGCUCUUCUUUACCUUUGCGGACGACGAGGUGGUUUCGACAAGGCCUACCGCAAGAGCUUCCGCAGCAGCGCCAUCCCUCCUGGCCCUCCCGUCGUCGAAAACCCUGUCUACUCGCCUCACCAGAGUGUCGCUGAUCCUUGGGGUGGCCAGAAGAGCCCUGGUCUUGUUUCAACUCCUUACAGCCAGGCUCAGAGCCCUCCCAUGAGCCCUCAUCAAUCACUUCCCUACGGUACUCACCCCGGCAUGAUGAACCCAGACGGAAGCCCCAUGAUGUACCAGGACGGCCAACAAUACCAAUACCAUGACCACUACGCGCCUCCUCCCAUGGCCGCUUCUCCUGUUCCUUCCCCCAAGCCUCAGGAGGUCGCCCCUGUUGAACUCCCUGGCUCUCCCGACCCAGGAUAUAACAACAACAACAAUAACAACAACAACAACAACCACCAGCAUUAA